CAGUGUGUGUGUGUGAGCUGAUGUGUAGACCGGGUCACAGUGGACCAACCUAUGAGUCUCUGCAGGAAGUAUUCGACAGGAAGCCAUUCAGACCGGCUGUGAACCUGAGUAACCCCACCAUUGCCAACAUCUCCUUCACCCUGUAUGCUGUGCUUGGAGUGAAUGAGAAGACUCAGAUCCUCACCACGUUCCUCUGGCUGCGGUUGUACUGGUUUCACGAGUUCCUGAUCUGGGACCCUGAGGCGUGUGAUGGGAUCAGUAAGAUCUCACUUCCUGUAAGCAACCUCUGGUCACCUGACAUCAUCGUCUAUGAGUUUGUGGAUGAUGACGUGUCUCAGGCAUGUCCAUAUGUGUAUGUUAACCACACGGGUCACAUUCGCUAUGACCGGAUGCUCAGACUCGUCACAGCAUGUAAUCUGCAGAUCUUCAGUUUCCCGUUUGACGUUCAGAACUGCACCUUCACCUUUGGCUCCUACAUGCACACAAUUCGGGAUGUGAGGGUGAAGCCUGCUCUCCCCUUUGAUCAGAUGUCAGGGAACUCAAAGCGUUACCUGGAGGCCAGCGGGGAGUGGGAGCUGGUGGUGAUUUUGGGAGAAGCGGGAAUUCUCAAGUUCGGCAUAGACGAGUGGGACAUCAUCACCUUCUGGGUGGUGAUAAAGCGUCGGCCAAUCCUGUAUGUGGUGAAUUUGCUCAUCCCAAGCUCCUUCCUCAUGGUCAUUGACAUUCUGUCCUUCUAUUUGCCGCCUCACAGUGUUGACCGCGCCUCAUUUAAGAUGACGCUGAUCCUCGGUUACACCGUUUUCCUGCUCAUCAUGAACGACCUGCUGCCGAGCACGGCCAACGGCACACCAAUCAUCGGAAUUUAUUUCUCUGUGUGUUUGGCUAUGAUGGUCAUCAGUCUGCUGGAGACUGUCAUCAUCACUAACGUUCUUCAUCACAACUCCAUGAAGUACCGCCCGGUUCCUCACUGGGUCCGAAUGGUCGUGCUGAAAUACAUCGCUCGCUUCAUCUGUUACAGUGAUCCGGACAUCACACACACACAGCGGAAAAUACUGGAACAAGGAGACAUCUGGAGCACGCAACAGACACACACCGGCACUAUACAACACACACAUGCUAACGCAGCAGGUGUGUCCCCCCUGUGUGUCCCCGAGCUGGUGGAGAUCAGUGAGUGUGUGCGAGCGAUUCGCUCUCACCUCACCAUGCUGCAGCGAGAAGAAGCUCUGCAGGAUGAGUGGUGUCACGUUGGCUACGUCCUCGACUUCCUGCUAUUCCGCGUCUACCUAAUGCUCAUCACCUGCUACGCCUUCGUCAUCAUCUUCAUGUGGUGCAUCUGGAUGUACCAGUAACACACACACACACACACACACCUCUUAUCUGUACUCUCACUGUUUAAACAUGUUGUGAUUUGGCUGAAUGUCUCACUUGUGUCCUCACAAUUUGAAUAAAUUUAACUCUGUAAAGUUUAAAGUGUUUUUAUUUUCAAUAAAAAUCCCAUAAACAUCUCUGCACAUUUACCAUUACUAUUCUGAUCCUGCCUGCACUAUCCUGACCCCACCCCUACUACCCUGAUUGUGCCCCGAGUACCCCAACCACACCGAUUCCCCUGACCAUACCCUUACUACCCUGACCACACCCCUACUUCCCUGGCCACACCCCUACUUCCCUGAUCACACUACCUUGACCACUCCCCUACUACCCUGACCCCACCCCUACUACACUGACCCCGCCUCAAUACCCCAGCCACACACCAACUCCCUCAACCACACCCUUUCUACCAUGACCACACCCCUACUACUCUGACCCCUCCCCAGUACCCUGUCCACAACCCUACUACCUUGAGUAACUGGUGUAUAUUUGUGGGGAUUUUUUUGUUUGUUUGUUUCCUCAUGUUGGUGUAAAAUGUUUAUCAUACCAUACAAACACUUUGUUAUGCAGCUACAGGAUACACAAUCAUGAUACCUUUGUGGAUUUUGAUUUUA